AAUGUUUUGUCGCCAUGACGACAGUGGCGAAGUUGCACUGCCACUGCACGGGAGAAAUUUUGCUAAAACUCAACUCACCCUGAGAUUGUCUCUUUGCUACACACGCAGUACGAACUACUAACUUCUUUGGCAGUGUCUGUGUUUGCGUGGGCAAAGAUGGAGGCUGCAGAUGCCAGUGGAAGCCAGCCUGUGGACACUCAGGAGGCAGAGAGAAAGAGGGAGAAACAGGAGAGGAUUCUGGCAAGGAGGAGGCGCGUUGAAUCCAAGCUCGAAGCCAAGCGACGGACAGAAGCAGGGGAAGAACCAGAGGAGGCAGUGGAGGAGGAGGUGGACGAGGAGAAGGAGAGAGUGAGCUGGAAGCAGGUGGAAAAGAGCUUUCUGAGACUGGACAAGCUGAGCAGUGACGGGAGCGAGCUGGUGAGCAACGUGAGGGUGGCUGAAGACGCAAGAGAAGUGCAGUGCAGGAAUCAGCAGGAGGAGGCCCGCAAUGCCAGGUAUGAGAAACUGGAGGCUGAGGCUACAGCUGGUGAGGAGAGGUUUGAAGAGAUCAUGAAGAAAUGGAGCACAGCCAAGAACAGCACCAUCCCACAGGAGAUACAAAAGCUGAUUCUACAGCAAAAGGCGGCGUGUGAUGCCAUGACUGACGAAAAAGACAAACUUGUGAAUGACUUCCAACAGGAGCUGAAGUCUCAGGACGGACCAGUACGUCAAGUACUGAGAAGCAGGCGGAGGAGGUAGACCUGGUUCUGGAGAGAUGAGGAGCAGGCACACACUCAGUUGAGAGCCCACCGACAGGAGAUGGCCAGAUCGAGAGCUGCUCUUUUGCCACUGAGUCGAGAGGACCCUCCGAGACAACCACAGUUCUUCAGUAAACAUUUUAUUUCACCUUUUACCUAUGCACACGUGUAUACAGCAUGUGCAGGCACCCUUAGUCAUGACCUCUGAACU